AUGGCCUCCGCAGCUACGGGCGCAUCCGCGCUAUCCCCUCUCUUCUCCAGCUCCAGAUCGAGGAUUCCGUCUUCCUCACAGCAGCUCCUCGCCAUUAGAAGGCUGUCCUCCGCCUCUGCCAUAGCCACGCCCCUGAUUGUCGCUCUCCACUCCAGAUCCGCUGGUCUCCGCUCCACAACAUCUCCUGUCCUCGUCCGCUGCGUCGGUGGUGGUGCUCGCACCAAGGGUACCUUCAUCGGGUCUAAGACGCAGUCGCUCGUCUUGAACGGUGCCCUGGUUUCGUCUGCUGUGAACUCCCUCUUCGCAUUGGCUGCCUCCCUCGCCAUCUCCCUUUCUGUAUUCGUCGUGGACGUCGGUGCUGCCUCGGGUUUUGUGACCAGCGCCCCCCGGAAGCUUCAGACUGACGAGCUCGCAACUGUACGCCUAUUCGAGAAUAAUACUCCUUCUGUCGUCUACAUCACCAACCUUGCCGUCCGGUGCGCAGCCUACUUGCUAGUGGGUAUGAAUUUCUAGGUUCUUGCUGUGGUUUUACUGGUAUGAUGGAAAAUGUUCGAUCUAUGAUUUGCAGGCAAGACGCAUUCACUCUUGAUGUGCUGGAGGUGCCACAAGGUUCGGGGUCCGGGUUCGUGUGGGACAAGGAAGGCCAUAUAGUCACCAAUUAUCAUGUCAUCCGUGGGGCGUCCGACCUCAGGUUGGUUUGCGUUCUUCUUUUUUCUCAACAGUGUAGGCUUCAUGUUUUCUGUGUUCUCUAAUGUUCAAUGUCUAUAAUGGUUUCCUUGGUCAAAUUAAUGGACUCUUUAGCUGCAUCUUCUACCUAAUGAGUAUCCAUUGGUAAUGAUAGAAAAUUCAAGGGUACUUGGUGUUCCAAAUGGAUAAAGCAAAAUCUGUCUGGGCCCAUGGGUCAAACGUUUCUUCACGUUUGAUGGAUAUUUUGGGGGUUUAUCUGUCUUUUCAUUCUUGGACAGAAAUGUGGCCUCUAGGAGCAGGGAAAACGUGGAAACCUGGCUUUCCUAUCUCUCUGAAAGUUUUUCAAGAAUAAAAUUGAGAUAAAUGGGGACAGCGUGAAAUCAAAACUAUUGAUUCCAAGCAAGUGUAGGAAUUUUUUCUAAAGUUAUGUUGAUAUCUUACAGAAAAUAAGAAGAGCAAAAGGCCUGAAUUUAUUGGAAACAUUCAAGUAGAUGAGGAAUUGCGUGACUACGUGAAAGUAGUAGCUUUUACUGUAGAGCUUGAACCUGUUGUAAACGUUUUCCGCUGUCAGAUCUCUUUUCUUUUGUUGAACUUCCCGUACCUCCUCUGGAUUGAGUUACCAUUCUCCCCGCUUACAUAAGCUGAUGUCUACUGUGCUUGAUGUAGUACGACGCUCAUGCAUUGUGCUAUUGUAUAUUUUUCGUUUAGUCUUUUACUUCAUGAUAAAAUAUUUUACUCUCAUGGUAACCUUUUGCAAUCAAAUUGAUGCCAGACUUGCUAGCUUUAUACAGGGUCACUCUUGCUGACCAAUCAACAUACGAAGCAAAUGUUGUCGGAUUUGACCAAGACAAAGAUGUUGCUGUACUUCGCAUUGAUGCUCCGGAAGAAAAAUUGAGACCUAUACCGAUUGGUGUCUCUGCAGACCUUCUUGUUGGUCAGAAAGUAUUUGCCAUUGGAAAUCCUGUGAGUAGUACCCAUUUCUUCUGCGAAUUAUACACGAAUAUUUAAUAGAAACGAUUUGAAUCUCUUAUGUUUGCCACUCAUCAACAUGUAACAUGCAUCUGAGUUCCUCGUGUGUUUUUCCAUUCAAUGUUUGAGUUGCACAUAUCAGAUUUUUUUUUUCUAUUCCUGGCAAAACGUGCACAAGCUUUGAUUUUGCUGGAAGGUCAUGCAUCUCUCCAUCAUAAGACGUUGUGUCCGUGUUUGUGUUCUUCAUGUUGUUAUCUUCCCAUCAUUACAAUGUGUUCUUGUGUUCUUCCAGGGCUUAUUUGAGAAAAGUUCUAUGCGCCUGAUUACAUGAUGAACUAGCUAGCAAUUUUUUUAGUAAUAGGAUGAUAACAAGCUCACUUUUCCCUAUGUUUCUUUGGAUAAGUUGCAUGUUCAUUUCUAAAUUGUUGAUAUCCUACAAUAUGCACGUACAAUUCCGGGUUCAUGUCGGGGUGUAAAUGCGUGUUCUAGCUAUACAGUGUUUAACUAAGUCAAAUUUCAAUCUUGACCAAAGACAGUUAUGACCAUUGUAGGCUAGUUCCACUGAAGCUUUAUUUGCGGUUUCUGUGCCACCUAUGCUCAAGUUCAUCGUUAGUCAUUUUUGUAACUUGAAGAAUUUCACUAGUUAAAAGAUAGAGCGUACAGAUUUCGUCUGUGAAUCACCACAUACUUGUUUGUUAUAUGGAAAAAAAAUCAUCUCAUGCUUGCAAUCUUUGUGUACAUUUUGCAGUUUGGUCUUGACCAUACACUCACUACUGGUGUUAUCAGGUAAACACGAUUUUACACCAGAAUUUCUUGUUCUCUAAUCUUUUCACUUUAUUAAUAAAUAACGCAAGGUUAACCAUAUGUUUUCUAGACAGUACACUAUAACUAUCAUUCUGAUUCCUUAUUAUGCUUUUUCAAGAGGGCGGCUACUUCCGUAAACCCGACUUUUUAUAAGGAUUCCGAUUGACACCAUGAACCUGAUCAAUGUUUCUUCGGUGUUCUCCAGUGGGCUGCGGAGAGAGAUCAGUUCUGCCGCUACAGGACGACCGAUACAGGAUGUGAUUCAGACUGAUGCAGCUAUAAAUCCUGGAAACAGUGGGGGGCCACUUCUCGAUAGUUCUGGAAGUUUAAUUGGAAUAAACACGGCUAUAUAUUCCCCUUCUGGAGCCUCCUCGGGCGUCGGCUUUGCAAUUCCAGUUGACACAGUGCGUCCUGGGGCUGCCACCUCUUCGCACAAUUUCUUUACCCAUGUUUUAAUAAAAACCAUUAACCUUGACCCAUUUCUUUUCCCUGCUUCCUCAGGUCGAUGGAAUCGUUGAACAGUUGGUCAAAUUUGGCAAAGUGACAAGGCCUAUUCUAGGGAUUAAAUUCGCUCCGGACCAAUCUGUGGAGCAGCUCGGGGUUAGCGGGGUCCUGGUCCUCGAUGCACCUGCAAAUGGUCCUGCUGGCAAAGCGGCAAGUUUUCCUCUUGCUCCUCCCUCAUCUGUGGCAAAUUUAUUUCUAUGUUUCAUUGAUAGAGGUUUUCUGACCAUGCUUCCUUCACAGAAUCUUUUCCUCACAGAGUCUCUCAUUUCUAGUAAUAAACAACACCCAACCCUCAAUGGAGUAGAAGCCGCCCCUAAGUAGUUCCGUACCAUCAGCAUCCUUUCCUUACUGGGUUAGGCCGCUGAUAGAUCGAUCCCAGUGCCUCCCUUCUGUGCUGAUAACGCUCCCCAUUUCCUUCCGCUAUCAUCGGCUUCUGGAUUCUGCUGCUUCCUCUAUUCACUGCUAUUCCAAAGCUUGAUUAUAAUCUUUUUCUUCACAAGAAAAUAUCUCGCAUUUCUUAAUGCAGCCGAAGCCGGCCUAAAUAUUUCCACACCGGGUAAGACCGCUGAUAGAUUGACCUCAAUGAUGCGAACCAGGGCUUGCAACCGACCAAGAGGGACGCCUACGGCCGGCUUAUCUUGGGCGACAUCAUAACCUCCGUCAACGGCAAGAAGGUCGCCAAUGGCAGCGACCUCUACAGGAUCCUCGACCAGUGCAAAGUCGGCGAGACGGUAUGGCCCAUCUCUUCCUCUGUCAUGUCCUCAGUGCCCUACAUUUUAAUUUACUCGGCCAAACCAAACCAAACCAAACCAUCCGCCAUGGCGGUAGCCCUCUCGUCCAUCUAAUGGCUAGUCUCUCGGUAUCUUCUGGUGUGGUAAAUGACAGUCCAUCUGCUGCAUUUCUUUCUUCCUGAAAAAGGUGACGGUAGAGGUCCUGCGCGGGGACCAGAUGGAGAAGAUCCCCGUGGUUCUUGAGCCGAAGGCCGACGAGACGUGA